ACAGCACAAUGUCGGAAAUAAGUUCCGCAAGUGAGGCGUCGACAAAGACGUUCGAGACCGCACUAUGGCUUAAUGCAGCCGUGUUCGGUGCAGAACUUCUCGUCUUCACCGUCGUUCGCAAGCGGUUCAAGUCCAUCUAUGAACCGCGUACUUUCCUCGUUGCCGAAGCCAAACGGAGCCGCCCUCUCUCCUCAUUUAUCCUUGGAUGGCCAAUAUCUGUAUGGAAGGCUGACUACCAGGAUAUUCGCCAGUCAAAUGGCAUGGAUGCUUACUUCUUCGUCCGAUACCUCCGCAUGAUAGUCAAGAUCCUUCUGCCAAUCUGGAUCAUCUCUUGGAUAGUCCUGUUACCUGUUACCAGCGUAAAUAAUAGCAAUGGCAAAACUGGCCUCGAUCGAUUCACGUUUGGUAACAUAGGCACAGAUGCACAAGAUCGUUAUGCGGCACACAUAAUCCUGACCUGGUUCUUUACCUUCUGGAUCUGGUACAAUAUCAAAAAGGAGAUGCAGAAUUUCGUGACAACCCGUCAGCAGUACCUUGUUGACCCAGCGUUUGCUUGUACCGCGCAAGCAAACACUGUUUUGAUCACUGGCGUACCUCCACGAUACCUGUCCGAGCGUGCCAUUGCAGAGGUAUUUGCACAUGUCCCCGGAGGCGUUAAGAAGGUUUGGAUUAACCGCGACCUUGGUGACUUGCCCCCCCUGUACGAUCGGCGUAUGAAGGCUCUUAAUAAGCUUGAGUCGGCGGAAACGCAACUUUUGAAAGCCGCGACGAAAGCACACGCAAAACAACUUAAGGCCUCGUCUAAAUCCGCUGAAUCUAAUAGCGACGUUGAAAGCGGAAAUGGAACCGCGAAGACACCUCUGACGUCAGACGCACUCGUGCCUGAGGACAAGCGCCCAAGCCAUAAAGUUCCGAAGGGAAAGAUUCUGCCGGCGUUCCUCGCCGGUAAUAAAGUCGAUACAAUUCAAUGGGCUCGGGAGGAAAUUGCAAAUACGACGGCGGAACUCGAGAGGGGACGUAAGGUUCUACGCGAGGAGGAGGCGCUCUCGCGCGACCACGGAGUGCAUAAAUUGAAGAUUGGAGGCGUUGUGGGGUUGAUGCAACGCGUUCCUUUUGGAAAAAGAGGACCUACGCCUGGUCAGGCAUCUCAAGCAUCACCUACAUUUCCUGGAGUACCAGAAAAGCAGAAUACCUCUUCUCCUACUUCUCCGACGUCCGAUGGGGAGGGCGCCACCUCGAGCGGUGGCGAACCUGACUCGUCGGUCGUUGACCGUUCACGCUUGACCUACCCGCCCUUGAACAGCGCGUUCGUCCUUUUCCACAAUCAAGCAGCAGCUCACAUGGCAGCUCAGGUUCUUGUGCACCAUGAACCAUACCGCAUGACGGAACGUGACAUCGGUGUAGCGCCUCCAGAUAUCAUUUGGGGCAACCUGGGAUUAAAUCCUUACGAGAGGAAAUUGAGACUUGUUGCUAGUUACGCGGCUACAGCAGGUUUAAUCAUUUGCUGGGCAUUCCCUGUGGCUUUCGUGGGGGCGGUCUCAAAUGUUGCCUCGCUGUGUCGUACCUACAGCUGGCUCGCGUGGAUAUGCGAGCUGCCGCCCACCGUUGUCGGUAUUAUUCAGGGUAUCCUGCCACCAGUCUUGCUUGCGGUGCUCAUGAUGCUGCUGCCGACCGUAUUGCGUCUCCUUGCAAGGUUUGAAGGGAUACCGAGGCAGAGUGGAUUAGAGUUGAGCUUGAUGACACGUUACUUCAUCUUCCAGAUCAUUCACUCAUUUUUGAUCGUCACACUUGCAUCGGGGAUCAUUGCUGCGCUUCCCCAGCUAGUAGAGAACCCAACGUCGAUUCCGACUAUUCUUGCACAAAACCUGCCAUCAGCGUCCAACUUCUUCUUGACUUAUGUUAUUCUGCAAGGCCUUUCUGGUGCAGCUGCUGGCUUCUUACAAGCUGUCCCUCUUGCUAUCUAUUAUGCGAAGCUAUUCAUCCUGGGUAGCACUCCACGAUCAGUGUAUAACAUUCGAUACACGCUUAGGAACGUGAGCUGGGGAACCCUGUUCCCUGCAACAACACUCAUUGUCGUCAUCACUGUUACUUAUUCGGUCAUAUCACCUAUUAUCAAUGGUCUAGCAUGCGCCACUUUCUUCCUCUUCUACCAACUUUACAAGUACCUCUUCUUGUAUCAGUUCGACCAGCCUGCUGCGCACGAUACUGGUGGUCUUUUCUUCCCGAAGGCGAUUCAGCACCUCUUUGUUGGGCUGUACAUUCAACAAAUUUGCCUGGCUGCUUUGUUCUUCCUUGCCAGAAAUUCAAGUGGUAAUCCAAGUGCAAUUCCGGAGGGUGCUCUAAUGAUUGUCUUGAUCGUGUUCACAGCUCUUUUCAAUUUGAUGAUCAACAAUUCAUAUGGACCAUUACUACACUACCUUCCCCUUUCGCUGGCCGACAAAGCACAUGGCGUGGCGGGACAUAUUGACGAACUCGCGGCCGUAGGCGAUGACCGCGCUUCUUCCUCAGGAGCGGCUCGCGCUGAUUCAGAUCCCACUGGUGAUGGUGGCCCGACUGGCAAAUCCAAGUCCAUACCGGAUUCCAGCAGAGCUGUGGAGAAAAGAUCCAUGGAUACCACAGGUAGCAGGUCAGAUAUUGAGAAGACUGAGCGGACAGGGUUAGUGCGCCCGCGCGGUGACGGUCAGCCCGAUCUGGAGGUAAAUGACUUCUACCAUCCGGCAGCGGUGGAGGCGCAACGCAUCGUUUGGAUACCUGCUGACCGACUUGUGUUACACAAAGCAGAAGAGAGGGGUUGCAUAGAAGAUGGCGUCGACGCAAGCUCGUUGAAUGCUCGGAUGGACGAGAAGGGUAGGGUCGAAGUGGAUGGACCACCACCUGGCGAGGACUUUACAUACACAUGAUUUCUCUUGGCCUGACGAUUUUGACUCAAAGAUGCAAUGAUGACCAUUACAUUUUCACCAUCUGACUAUCAUUGUACUUCUGUUCUUCACUCAUGUAUUAGCACGGCAUUUGUUGCUCUCUUUCUUGCAAUCAAUGGCACGAUUAGGA